AUGCACUUCACACAAACCGCUUUUGCUGCCGUUCUGGCAAUUACGUCUUCAGCCGCUGCAUCACCCCUGGCGGCCCGUCAGAGUGCGCUUCAAGACUGGCAAGUCACCAGGGUGAAUGUCUACACGCCGUCGGGACGCCCUGGUAGCUAUCCAUGGGCUUCCAUCACAGCCGACGUGACGGAUCCCAAUGUGAUCGAUCUCGGUCCCGCAAGAUUCGAUGCUACCAACGUCACCGCGCCAGCUGGAAGUCAAGGACUUAACUGCAAAGCGCAAUGGUACACUAAGGGCGAAAACCCCCUAGACCGGACUUGGCCGUGCGAUGGCACAUCCGAUGGCUAUUGGGUCAUGAACGUCCUGGAGGGAAGCGAUGGUUUCGGAACUCGCGACUUCACCCUGAAGUUUACCCACGUAGCCGACGUCAAGUACCAGGGUGCGCAAUAUACGGCGACGUAUGAAGCGGAAGGUUACUUCACGGGCGGCCAGAACCUCGCUGGUUCAUGUGGUGGAAGUGGAGUCUGCAGCUUUGGCUUGAAGGGCGAGGCGAAACCUUUUGCGAUUACCCCAAAGAAGCUAUAG